CUUCGUGGUGUUCAUGGUGAAGAAGUUCCUGAUGAAGCUACUGGGUGUGGAGGUGACUGUGCGGGGCGAGGACAAGCUCAAGCAACAGGAGCCCGCCAUCUUGUGCAUCAACCACCAGAGCUCCGUGGACAUGCUGCCCCUGUUCUACACGUGGCCCAAGAACACGGUGUGCCUGGCCAAGAAGGAGCUGUGGUACUUCGGCACAUUCGGCCUGGGUGCCUGGCUGUGUGGCACCGUCUACAUCGACAGGCUGAACCACGAGCGGGCACGCAAGACCAUGGAGGAUACCGCUAACCUCAUCAAAACCAAUAAGUUCAAAGUGGCCAUAUUCCCAGAGGGUACUCGCAACCACAAGGGAUCUUUGCUGCCCUUCAAGAAGGGAGCCUUUCACCUGGCAGUGCAGGGUCAGGUGCCUGUGAUUCCCAUUGUGUUUUCCUCCUACGACACCUUCUACAACAGGACAGAGAAAAGAUUUGAUGAAGGGAGAGUGCUGGUCGAGGUUCUCCCCCCUAUCCCCACCACCGGCCUGACCGCCGAGGACGUGACUGACCUCACAGAGAAGACGAGGAAUGUCAUGCUGGAGGCUUACGACAGGAUCAGUGAGGAGGUCAAGACCAUGAAGUGAUUGUUUACUGGAUGAGAGAAAAGGUGGAGAUCAUGAAGUGAUUGUUUACUGGAUGAGAGAAAAGGUGGAGAUCAUGAAGUGAUUGUUUACUGGAUGAGAGAAAAGGUCGAGACCAUGGACUGAUUGUUUGCGGGACGAGAGAUAAAGUCAAGACCAGGAAGUAAUUGUCUACGACCAUGGAAUGAUUGUUUUUUUACCAUGAAGUGAUUGUUAACGACUUUGAAGUGAUUGUUAACAGUGCAGUGGUCGAGACCAGGAAGUGGUUAUUGUUUACAGUGCUGAGGUCAAGAUCAUGAAGUGAUUGUUUGCGGGAUGAGAGAUAAAGUCAAGAUAUCGAAGUGAUUGUUUGCUGAGGUCAAGAUUGUGAAGUGAUUGUUUACAGGAUGAGUGCACUGGUCAACGCUUUGAAGUGAAUGUAUGCGGCUGGGUGCAUAGGUCAAUACCAUGACAUGAUUAUUUUCCUACUGGCUGAGUGCCGCUGUCAAGACCAUGACUUGAUGAUGAUGAUGAUGAUAAUGUUCCUACCUUGCCAGGGUUUUGAGGAGGAGGAGGGAUAGGAAAGGAGAAAUUGGAUCAUUUCCAUUGUGAGAUAGACAUUUAAUAUUUCAUUGGCAUCGAAAUUGGUGUGUGUGAACAACGCAAUGAUUAUGGUUGUUGUGCUGGGUUUUUUGUGUGUAUAUGUGGGUGUGUGUGUAUAUGUGUGUGUGUGUUGGUGAAUGUGAGUUUGUUCUUGUGUUUUACACAUUGAUUUCCCAUAUGUGUGAGUUUGUGUGAGUAAGAGGGUGAGAGAGAAGAUUGGUGUUGUAGUUGUAUGUGUGCUAGGAGAGAGUGGGAGAGAGGGAGGGAGGGAGAGAGAGAGAGAUGUCUUCCAACUUCAUUUUGCAUGUACCACUUUAAGGCUAAGUAAAUGGUUAUUGACAAAAUGUAUUGAAUGAAAGAUUUCUGAUACAAUGACAGUUACAUAGUGCAGGUGACAAGCAAGACAGACAGAAAUAAAGAGAGAAACAAAAAUGUAAGACCAGCAAGUGGCGCCCUCCAACCGCCCGCUUGUGGAGUGGUAUUAGACUUCAGGGGGGUUCAAAACUAUGAAUAAAUAAAUGUACUUUGUGUAAUAUGUAAGGUCUAAAUUAACUUGAAAAAGAAACAAGUAGUUAUCAGUCAGUUCGAAAGGUAAAAAAAUCAACAACUUAAUGAGAAAGAAAAUAAAGAAUGACUUUAAAUAGAGGGGGAGGGGUGUUUCUUUUUUAAAUUUUGAAGCCUGUUUUCACUUUUCUGUGCUUUUCGUCAGUUUUAAUUUUUGGUAAUUUGCUCAAUUCUGUUGGUGUAAUCCCAUUUAGUAACAAAUUAGUGCAAUGUAACGUAGAAACAUCAUGUGUCCAUAUUUGUAAAGUGAUCAGAUCAACUUACCAUGUAGUUCAAGGCACUGAUAAAUGCACACAAAGGGUGUAAGUUCUAUUUGGAGAUUUGUGUAGAUUUGCCUUUUAUGUGAGUCUUGAUUUUCUGGUGGGUUUUGGGGUUUUUUGUUUGAUUUUUGUUCUUUUUUUUUUUUUUUAGUUAGGUUUUGCUGAAAUGAUGAUAUUCAAAUUAGACUUGAGGAAUAUUAUCUAAUUGUUUGAUGCACUGACACAUAUGCCAUAUGGUGAAAAUAAAAUAUUUUCUGUAUUUUA